GAAGGUUAACAUACUCUAAAUCUAUCGGCGUUGAUUAGUUCAUUAGCAAUAGCUUGGUGAUGCUUGGUGUAUUGUGUGCACGACCUCCUAAGCCUUGGAUCCUCAACACAUUUUCUCUCAUCUCCCACGGCGGCGGCUCAGCGGCUCACCAUCACGAUAAUCGAUUGUUGCAUUGGCCCACGCAUUUUGCCGGUUUAUCGGCUGAUAGUCGACGUUGUGGGCACCAUUCUACGGCUUGCCGGCUUGGUGGCUUGGACAGGGGUGCGGCUUCUAUAUGGCAUGCCAUCUUGCCUUGCGGCGGAGACCCUGGAGGAGUAAAGAGUAGAGGGGAUGUGUGGAAGAAUGUGGAGAGGAGAGGGGAAGGCUCCUGGAACGUGGCUUGGGAUGCCAGACCGGCUCGGUGGCUUCAUCGACCUGACUCUGCUUGGCUUCUCUUUGGAGUUUGCGCCUGUCUCGCGCCCAUGGUUGAAUUCGUUGAUGUUAAUCUCGACGAUGAUGCCAAAACCGAUGGAACUGAAUUGAAUUACCUGGGUGCUGACGAUAAGAGUUGUUCAUCUCCAGCGGCUGAUAAUUACAAAGUUACAGGGAUUUUAGCCGAUGGUAGAUGCCUUUUCAGAGCAAUAGUUCAUGGAGCUUGCUUGAGGUCCGGAGAAGAAGCACCUGAUGAGAAUCGUCAAAGAGAACUUGCUGAUGAUUUGAGAGCUCAGGUUGUGAAUGAGCUUUUGAAGAGGCGUGAUGAAACCGAAUGGUUUAUCGAGGGUGAUUUUGAUUCGUAUGUAAGAGAAAUUCAACAUCCUUAUGUUUGGGGUGGAGAACCUGAGUUGUUGAUGGCUUCUCAUGUUUUGAGGAUUCCGAUAUCAGUGUACAUGAUUCACAGUAGUUCUGGUCGUUUGAUAAACAUAGCGAACUAUGGUGAAGAAUAUCAGAAGGAAAAGGAGGCUCCUAUUAACGUACUUUUUCAUGGGUAUGGUCACUACGACAUAUUGGAGUCAUUGCCGGAAUUAAUUUCCACCAAAUAAAGACAAGUUUGGUCUUGUUGUAUUAUUUUGCAUAAAAAUAAGCUGAGCUUAUUUUCAAUGGAGGAAUUCCAUUGAACCUUUGAAGAGUGUGAUGUUUGAUAGAUUAGCUUGCACCUACCUCAGCUAUUGCAAUAAGGUCGAUACAAUUUUGUAACUUUCAAGGGUGUUUUAUGAUUUUUAGAACUCA